CUGGAAAGCUGGAUCUAAUACUUUUUGUUUCUCCUUGGAGAAACGUUUUUCAUGAUUAGUACUGAGGGCACACACAGUGGGAACCAAAUAAUAAUCAAAUCAAUAGACAAAGAAUUCUUAAUCAUGAUGUCUCCAGACGACCAAGCCCUCGAGGACCUUUUGUAUGGCAGCGACCUCGCUGACAAGCCGGAGGUGGUACAGCUGGCCGGUGGCCCAACAGCAGCGGGGGCGGAAACUGCUUCAGAAAAUGUUCCAUCAAGUGUGUCCAUUCCAGAGCCAAUCAUAUGUGCCGGAUGUGGCGAGCAGGUAUGUGAUCGCUUCUUCCUAUUGGCUGCGGAGAGGGUAUGGCACAGCAUCUGCCUCCGUUGCAGCCAGUGCCACUGUGAGCUACAAACUCACCCUUCCCUCUUCUGGAGAGAUGGAAACAUUUACUGCCAGCAGGACUACAGCAGAACUUUUGGAGGCGGCCAAUGUGCUCGCUGCCUCCAGCCAAUCCCACCCACUGAUUUGGUCAUGAGGUCUGGUGAGAUGACCUUUCAUCCCCACUGUUUUUCCUGCCAGGAAUGUGAUGUAAAAUUAUUGCCAGGGAACCUCUACUGCAUGCAGGGCCCAAACCUGUAUUGUGAGUCACAUUAUAAUGGUGAUGGAGGCAAUCUGCCACUGCAAGACCCAUCACAAUCACAUCUAAAAGAAGAGACGAGUCAAAGCCAGGUGUCCGGUGAAGGGGAAGAGUCUGUCAGCAGUCCAGAGCCACGAGUGGACGACAGAGAGGUGGGUGGGCGGACGCACAGACGGACCAAGCGAAUCAGGACAUGUUUCCGCAGCGAGCAGCUCAGAGCACUUGAGUCAUACUUUGCCCAGAAGCACAACCCUGACGGCAAAGACUGGACUUGCCUCGCUCAUAAGACUGGUCUGCCUAAGAGAGUCCUGCAGGUGUGGUUUCAGAACGCUCGGGCCAAGCUGAGACGUUCCCUCAACUCUGAAGACUCCCAGGCCAACUCCCCUUCCGCUCCCCCUGGAGCUGUUGCCCUGGCUACCACCCCCUCAUCACUUUCCUGCUCUUCACUAGACCAAUCGCAGACUUUCCCCGCCAGCACCAUCGACCAGCUGCAGCUGUCCUUGCUCACUGGUUCAGCCGUUGAAUCCUCUGUAAGCUCAAACCUCAAUCAGUCAUGCCAGAUGUUGCAAAGCCCCAACAUUUUUCUGGACUACGAUCCCCAGAGUGCAUUUGGCUGCAUCCCUUCUCUCGAGCCCCUUCGGGAGUUUGAGGUGGAAUAAGGAAGAGAAGAGAGAGAAAUUGAUGCUGAGACUUUUGGACCAAAUUACAGUUAACUGAUGAUUCUCCAGUGACAGUUUUUUUCCCCCAGUUCUAAAUGACAGCUAGAGAAAUAACUUCAGCCUCAACUUAAUGUGGACAAAGUGGAGUUGAUAUUUAAUAAGUGGUUCAGCUCAAAAACGGUUUUGAUUGCUUUGCGAUUGCUAGAUAUUAGUAUAGUUCAGUUAACUGUGUGAAUAAACUGCUGUUUCAUUA